AUGGCGGUGGCGGCGGUGGCGGGGGAGCUGCGGGGAUGGGUGGCGGCGGUGGCGGCGCGGGACGCGUCCUGGCGGGAGGCUCUGGCGGCCUGGGCACCGCUGCUGGGGUCUCUGUCCGGGCUGGCAGCGCAGAUGCGGGCGGCUCAGCGGCUGCCCUGGGGACGGUCACCGCUGGGCACCUUCGGCGAGCUGCGGGAACGGCUGUGGCGGAAACAGCGCGGAGCGGCCGAGGCGGUGAUGGAGGAGUUGGGCGGACGGCGGACGGAGCUCCGGGCCGUGCGCGAUGCGGUAGGUGCCGGCGUGGCCGCGGUGCUGGGUCUGUACGAGGAACGGGCGGCGGAGCUGGGUCUGUCCGUAUCCCUGCGGCGGGGCCCGCGCUGCCCCUCGCUGGCCGAGGCCCUGGAGGGUCUGCAGGACGUGGAACGGUACUACCGGCACCUGUGUCUGGAGAGCGAGCUGCUCCUGCGCGGCAUCAGCUGUGACAGCCUGGAGGAGAUGGAAGCUCUCCCGCAGUCUUGGGAGAGGAUUUUGGAGCGCUACAGGGGAGAUGUUGUUGAAGCUACACUUGUUAAGGUGUCUCUGUUUGUGGAUAACCAUCAGGAGCUGUGCUGCUCGCCAGGCUCCUGACAGGGCAGGAGGAACCAGCUCUGAUCCAGCUCCAGUGCCUGGUGCAUCCUGAGCUAACACAGAGGAGGAGGCACCCAGGAAGCUCUCAUGGUGCUUUGUGGGAGCUGAGCUGGGUGCUGGCCCUCAGCAGGCAGGGCUGGGGCUGUUUCAGUUUCAGAAUGUGGUAUCAGAAGAGGAUGAGUGAGGCCUUCAUCCCAUCUCUGCAAAGGAGGGGAAGAAAAUGUAAUAAUGGGGAUGCAGGGACAGCCUGGCAGAGGCUGCUCCUCUGGUGGCUGCCAGGGCUUGCUCAAAGCACAGCCUGAACCCUUCACCCUCUGCUGACAGCUCCAGGGACACUUUUUCCUGGAUCUGGCACUGAUCUUGUGUCAUUUCCCCAAAGCAGUGGGGGGAUGUCUGUCUCUAAAUACCAGAUUUUUGUAAGAAAACUAUGGUUUCUUGUGGAAAGCCAAAUAAAGAA